UUUAUAAAUUUAAAUACUUAAUUGAAAAAAAUAAUAGUUUAAACACAAAAAUUAAAAAAUUAAAAAAUUAAUGUAUCAAAUUUGUAAUUUUGCCUAAAAAAAAAGAAUAAACGAGAGGUUGACACCAAAAGAAAAAGGCGCCUUUGUCUUCAACUGUCUUUCUACUGUCCACAUAAUAAUAGACUUCCGCCUCCACUUUCGUUUCAGACCCAACCCCCAAAAUCCACCACUUCGAUUCCUCCGCCUUCCACUUCCCUCUCUCUAAAUAUUAUCUCCUCUUCCCAUUCAUUCCUUUUGAGUUAUCAUUGUAAAAACCCUUUUCUUUUCCUUAUUCGAUCCAACAAGAUCUCCAUUAAUCCUCAGCUUUUGUUUUUCUUUUUUUGCAUGCUGUUUCAAGAAAUGUCAGCCAUUUCCAAUUUCAAUUCCUGCAGCACUCGCCCUGAAACCGCCGCUGUUAAUUUCUUCUUCGAUGGUAAAUUUAAUUCUGGCUUGUUAAAUUGGAGAAGAAGAGCCACCACCAGGAUUUCCAUUCCUUUCCAGAGUAGCUCGUUACGGUUAGGUACGGGUUGGUCUAAUAGUAAAGAUGGAAGUAUACGCAUGGCAUUGGUGGAUGAGAGAAUUGCGCCUGGCAGAAACGUCGCUGAACGCUCCGGUAUUUUGGCUUAUGAUCUUGUUCAAGGAGCACUUGUAAAAUGGAGUUUUGCAAUGGACAAGUCAAUGCCAGAUCCACCAACAGCUAUGCUUCUGCAUGGUAUUCUAGGUAGCCGGAAGAACUGGGGAACAUUUACUCGAAGAUUGGCACAGGAAUUUCCAAUGUGGCAGUUUCUUUUAGUAGACUUGCGAUGCCAUGGUGAUUCAGCCUCAAUAAAGAAGAGGGGGCCCCACACUGUUGCCUCAACAGCUUUGGAUGUCUUAAAGCUAGUAGCACAACUCAGAAUAACUCCCCGGAUUCUUAUUGGUCACAGCUUUGGAGGAAAAGUUGUCUUGAGCAUGGUGGAACAAGCUGCAAAGCCUCUUGCACGACCAGUGAGAGCUUGGGUUCUAGAUGCAACUCCUGGAAAAGUUAGAACUGGUGGAGAUGGGGAGGACCAUCCAGAAGAACUAAUAUCUUUCCUAAGAAAGCUGCCAAAGGAGGUCUCCUCAAAACAAGAGGUUGUGAAUGCUCUUCUUCAAGAGGGAUUCUCUAAAGAUGUUGCUCAGUGGGUGGUGACUAACCUUCAACCAAAUGAUCUUCCUGGUUCAUCAUCAGGCUUCUCAUGGGUGUUUGACCUUGAAGGGAUUUCUGAAAUGUAUCAAUCUUAUGAGGAAACAAAUUUAUGGAAAUUUGUUGAAAGUUUGCCUCGAGGUGUUCAUGUCAAUUUUUUAAAGGCAGAGAGGAGUCUGCAUAGGUGGGCCCUUGAAGAUCUGCAGCGAAUUCAUGCUGCCGAAGAUCUGGCUGCUGAGGAGGGAGGUGGAGUUGAAAUGCAUGUACUUGAAGAUGCAGGCCACUGGGUACAUGCUGACAACCCAGAUGGACUCUUCAGGAUUCUUUCAUCUUCUUUUCAAGCCCUCAGAACCUGAAGGUGUUCAGGUGUGGCAUUGCACUUGUUUGAGCAUGAGCAUGCACACAGCCGUCUUAUAUUUAAGCUUAUCACAAAAUUAUGAACCGAUUUCAUACAUUUCUGCACCACGCAAGUAGUGUAUUCUUUAGUUUAUUGCACAUUGUCAAGUUGGAGUACAUCUUACAUGAUGCCGGGAGACAUCUUGCAUCCAGAAACAUGAAACUGGAGCGCAAUAUGUUGGAAGUGUAACUGGUAAUGAGCUUGGAAAUGAGGGAGUUAUUUCAAGUUAUGCACAGGUCAGGUUUUUAUUACAGCAGAGCUAGCUUAUCAAUCUGAGUUUAGAAACCUAUUAAAUAUAUCAAGUGUUUUAGAUAUUGUGUAUAAGCAUGUCAUAUUGGGUACAAGAAAGCUGAACUUCAACAAUAUCAUAUUGGUGACUGAACUGAUGAAAGAAUUUAAACUUUGUAUUUAAUUUUGUUCUGUAAUCGCAAAAUUUCGAGUAAAUUGCAUAGACGGCUCCUGUCUUUGAGCCAUGUAUUAUAAUUAUUCUUAAAUUUUAAUUUAUAUCAGUAAACUUA